GUUACUUAAUUUGCAGCCACCAAAGGCGGGAAAAGAAAAGGCUAAAAAGGCACCAGCAAUUAUCAUCGAUGGCGUCGAUACUUCAGAUAUGUCUCGGGAAAAACUCGAGCAGUUCACUCUUAAAGUUAAAGAGGAACUGGAUAAAGAAAGAGAAGAACGCAACUACUUUCAACUGGAAAGAGACAAAAUUAGAACAUUCUGGGAGAUCACCAGACAACAGCUUGAAGAAGCGAAAGCAGAACUGCGCAACAGAGAAAGAGCCACAGAGGAAGCACAGGAAGAAAAUGAAGCGCUUUUGGAAACUGAAAAGCAAAAGAUAAAGCACUUGAAAUAUGAACAGCAAGCUGCUGCAGCUGCUUUGAGAGCAGAAAACUUAGUUGCACUAAAAGCUGCUAAGGAAGAACACGCAGAACAGGAACUUGAACUACUAAAUGACAAAAGAGUAUUAAGACAAGAAAUAAGAGAGAAAAUGCUGGCAGCUCAAGAUGAACUAAGAAGAGCUAAAUUAAUACAUGCAGAAGAAGUAUCAAAGGUCCGAGAUGAGUUUGAGGAAAGAGCUCGUCAGAUUGAAGAUAAAGCAGAUAAGAAACUACAUGAAACUAAAGUAGAAUUAACAGUAAAACAUAGGACAGAAAUUGCUGAGGUCGAAGAAAGGAAAAAUAAGCAGCUCUCGGAAUUAAUUCAGCAUCAUGAAAGAGCGUUUUCGGAUUUAAAGAACUAUUAUAAUGAUAUCACUUUGAAUAAUUUGGGUCUGAUAAGUAGUCUGAAACAGCAAAUGGAGGAAAUGCAAAAAGUAAAAGAGAGGGCGGAGAAAAUAUCUAGAGACGCAGUAGCCGAAACUAAAAGUCUUAGGGAGCCAUUAGAAGCAGCUAUUAUAGAUAACAAAGAACUUAAGCGGCAAAUGUCUAACUAUGACCGAGAUAAGGCUGCUUUAGCUGCUAAAACAAAACAACUGACAUCACUAGAAAAACAAUUCGAAGUCUUGAAAUGGGAAUAUGAAGUUCUCCAAGUUCGUUUCGAUCGAGUUCAAGCAGAGAGAGAUGAACUCAAAGCCAGAUUCUCAAGAGCUGUUUUAGAAGUGCAGCAGAAAGCUUCCUUGAAGACUGCUUUACUGGAAGCUAAGCUGAAGAAUAUGGAAGGACGAGAUGCUGGACCAAGGGAAAUACACGAACUUCUGAAAUUAAAAGACACACAAAUUGAUGAUUUGCGUUACGAGGCAGCUCGACUACGCAAAGCCCAUGAUGAUCUUCUAGCAACCUACGAAGCAAAACUUGCUAGACUUGGAGUACCUAAAGAGGAACUCGGUUUCAAGCCCUUGAAGGCUGUUGCUGUGGCUGGUCUAGCUCCUGUUAUUGGACAAGGUCCAGCUGGAUUAGUUACAAAAGACCCUUAGUAGUAAACAUCGUUACUGCACUUUUGAGAAAAAUCAACAACUUUACUAUAGCAAAAAAUAUUCUUGAUAAUA